CACGUAGGGGUAGUCUUGGCCGACAGAAGGCAGAACUCACACAUUCUUCUAAUACAUAUUGAGGGCGAAUCGGGAGGCGGCAGUCAUGGUCUACGGGCGACGGCGACAGCGCGGGGGAGGGAGAGACGAAAGAUGAAGGAAGACAAGAGAAGAGGCAGAGGCAGCGCGGCGGGCAGCAGAAAUGUCGAGCAACGACUGUGGUUUGCAAGGACGCAAAUUGGCCUGGGGGGGCACACACAGGUCGAGUCGAGAUCAGGAUGAGGAAAAAAAAGAGCAACAGACGGACAGGCGGUGCUAAGCAGGGAUGGCGGGCGAGGUUUUGGCUGUGCUGUGGUGCUGUAGUGCUGCAGUACGUACGGUGGCCAGUGGGUAAAGUACAGGUACAGGUACGGGGAGGUAAAUUGAUGGGCAACGGAGUACGAUGGAACGCCGGUGCAGCAAUUCCGGACUCCGUGCUGGUGCUGGUGCUGGGAGCCGGAGCCACUAACAGCAGCCACAGCGGUUCGCUACUUAAGCUGGCCGCUCGCUCGUACCGCUACCUGCUCCCACGAACGAACAGCAGCACUACCUCACCUGCAGUCUGCAGACACGCCUGAAAAGACGCCGGUGGAGGCCAAGGCGGGGCGGCUGGACGGUAAGUCGGAAGCCAGGACGAUAUGGAGGCGUGGAGCUGGUGUGAGCGUCGCUGGUCUGUGAGAGGGC